UUGCUACCCCUGGUUUUACUUGCGCAUCUGCCAAGGUGUCUUCAGUGAUCCAGUCCAUAUAAGUCAAGUCUUCUCCGCAUCGCCAGUUACCUUCCUCUCAAAACGGGUCGUGUUGUAGUUCUCAAGUCGGAUCAGACUCGACCCGAUUCGGUGUCUUUUGCCCCAUAUUAGAUCCGACCUUACCCCGCUCAUCGGUAAGCUUCCACCGUUACCUCGAGACCGAAACUGUGCGAGGUAACAUUACUGGAAUGAUGCCAACCGUUGGAUGGGCAAUUGAUGUUUCUGGAACCAUACAUAGUUUCCCGCAUUGAUGUUGUUUUUUGUGUGUUACUAUGUUGGUAUCAAAUCGAUGUUGAAUAUUAGAGUGGUACAAGUAUGAUGUUGUGUAUUAAAAAUUGGUGAUUCUGAUAAUGACACUGUGGAGUGUAUAUGGAGACAGCAUCGAAUGAAAACGUAUGGCAGUUGGUUGAUCAACAUCAUCCAGCUGAUCAACAGCAUCCAGUUGAUCAGGAGUAUCCAGUUGAUCAGCAGCACUCAGGUAAUGAAGAGCAUCCAGUUGAUCAGCAGCAAUCAAAUGAUGAAGAGCUUUCAGUUGAUCAAGAACAUUUAGUUGAUAAAAAGCAUUCAGCUGAUGAAGAGCAUUUAGUUGAUCAUCACCAGGAAAACAUGGUUGCUGAUGUCUCAAAUCAUGGAGUUUCAGAACCCAAAUCUGAUUUUGAUGAAGAAGAAAUUAGACACACUCUGGAAGUCAUUGCACGCACUGGGAAAUUUUGGCAUGAUUGGGACAAAUUGAAGAGCAUGCUAUCCUUUCAGCUGAAGCAGGUCCUGUCAGAAUAUCCUGAGGUAAAAAUGACUACUGAGCAACAAAGUGCUUCUAUAGGAGAAACUUACCUUGAACUAGUGAAGCGAUUGGAUGAAGCACUUCUAUCUUUUGAUAAAGGUCCUCCGUUUACCCUGCAGAGGCUUUGUGAGAUCCUUUUGGCUGGGCAGAGUAUCUAUACAAAUCUCUCAAAGCUUGCUUUGGCACUUGAAAAAAAUCUAUCUGUGACAUCUACAUUGAUUGUUUGUACUGACCCAUAUCCACAAACGACAAUAUAUGGUCCAAAUGAAGCAGAAAAACAAAGUGAAGAAACCCAGUUGCAAUCAAAUUCAGUGCAGAAAGGGGUUGAAUCUAUUGUUGAAGACAGGGAUGAGGUAAUGACAGAGGUAGAGCAGUGUGAUAUUGUUGAUGAAAUGACCAUUGAUAUGGAAGCUUUAGAGGAGAUAGUCGGAUCAUCAGAAACAAAUGCCACGCCAACAUUGAAUUCCUAGGUUUGUAGUAAGCCUUUUCAGUUGAUUUCAUACCUUUUUUAUGGGCCUCAUGGUUUUAUUGUCACAGAGAGGGACAUGGCUGUGGAUCAUAUUUCUAAAUCUUGUAUUCAGUGAUGGGCUUGGUAAAAUCUUCAACUAAAAGCAGCAAGGCUUAUCACAUGAUAUCACCACAAAAUAUUUCUAUUAUUGUAUUUCUUUAGAUGCUGUGCUGGGAUGAUCUGGGAAGCCUUAUUUAUCUGAGAUUUGCUUAGAUAAAGGUAUUGUUUCAAAAUAUAGCACACAUUGUUUCGGAUUCCUGAUCUUGGGGGUUUAAUGUUAAAAUUCACAUAAUCUAGAAUUCUAAUUUGGGUUAA